AUGACAACAAAUAAUCGAAGCCGGGGCGCGACACUGGCCAUCUGGGUCGCGCUGAAUAUCCUUCGUCUCGUCGGCUUCGGAGCCAUACUAUGGGCCAUCGUCGUACAAGGCAUCUUGUUGAAAAACGAUGUAGCCGCUGUAUCGCAACCCACUUCGAGCGGCAACACCACCAGUGCCAACGCGACCUCGAGUCCGGGGUCGAUCGAUCCGUUCCAAAAGGUCGCAACGCAACUCCCAACCGGAACCGAUCAACCUGAUAACUCUAUUCAAUCGACAUCCGCGGUGACCUAUAUCACUAUGGGUACACCGCCAGCGCCUAGCAAUGUGCCAUCGUUAUUGUUUCCCGGAGGGGCUGUGCCAACGAGUUUGGCUACAGACGCGGUCAUUCCGAUGGCUACUCCUGCAGCUGCACCGAUGUUUACGCCUCCUGUCGUUCCUACGUAUACUUCUGUCGGGCCAGCUCCGAGCGAAAACGCGCGUUCCAACUUCCUUAAUGUGCCUCAGAAGAGAGCCGAAGACUCGCAACCCCAGGUCACGUCAACGGAGCGGUACCUUGUCGAUUCGACGGUGCCGAUGCAACCGGGAGGAAUGGUGUUCGCCAUUUUGCACCGAAUUUUCUCCAUUCUGGCCUUGCUAGUCCUGUUCCUGGGAGAGGUCGGGCUUCCCGAGGUAUUUCUUUUGCGACAUCUGAGUGCAAUAAGUCUCGUCGGGAGUCCGCUGUGGCUCGGAUUGGGGAAGAUUUGGUUUGGCGUGGAUGCGCAACGUCAUUUCGUGGCCCCGGGGCUCCUCCUGUCCGGACAAUUCUUGAUCGCCUCGGGAGUCCUGAAUGUCUUGAUGGCAAUACCAUUGGCAUUCAAACAACGUCGAGCCCGGUCUUUGCCUCAUUUGCGACCACGAGAGGUCUUUUUCAACUUCAACGUUGGCCAACGGCUUUGUUUCUGGAAGCCGAUUCCAGAAUUGGCGUACAUCAUGGCGUACGACCGGAACGGCUUGGAUGCGGUCAAGGCCAGAAUGGGGGAUCUCGAGGAAGAUGAUCAGGAUCGUGAUCAGGAAGAGGACCAUGAUGACGAGAAAUACGCAAGCGAUAUCGAAUCCGGGUCUGGCGAAUACCCGACGUUUACUGGAGGGAGUUUGACGGAUCCCAAGAGCCAGAUCGAGCAGUUCGAUAGGCGGCAACGCGGGGAUGAGCGGUCGAAUGAUGAGACCGAUGACGACGACAACAACGAAGAAUACCUGGAAGAGGCCAAACCCACACCGCCAGCAGUCAUGCCCGGGAUACCUCCCCAAUUGCAAGGGAUCGUACGUGACGUACGGCCGAGGUUCGGGUCGACCUCGGCGGUCCCGGCGAUCAACUUGAUGCCGAGUACACCUUCGACGAUCGCUUCAAGGUCCAGGUCCGGAUCUAGGCCGCAGACCAUGUCCAGCGUCAUGUCCGGCUCGUCUCAUGGAUCUACGAGAUCACGUCGGAUGACCCUGAUCAAGGAGGCCGCCGGGAGUUUCCCUGCCCCACCUGAUCGUCCAAUUGAUAUCGAGCUUGGCACCGGGGUCCCCAAGAGCAAACCGAAGGCUCAACUAGUCAACCCCAAGAUGGAUGAAUCCCGCUUGAUGCCUCCCAAGAAGCGGGGUGGGAGGUCCAGGAGCUCGAGCUCGAGCGAGUUAUCCCAAGUAUCACGUCCAGCGCCGCGGAGAGCUGCCAGCGUGGAUGUCGAAUCCCCUACGACGACCGAAACGAUGCAAGACCUGAGCCAAUGGAAGAUGCCAGUCAGGCCUGUAUCGGCGAUGAAGAACCCGACCGGGAAAUCAAGACAGUCCGUGAGGUUCGACUUGAAGAGGUCUUCCUCCGAAUCGACGUCAUCGGUGCAUGAGCCAUCCCAUCGAGAUCCACGUCAAUCAGGUGGAGGAUAUACAGCGCCGUAUGUCGAAGAUUACGACGAGGCUUACUCGGCGUAUGCGAGCGAAGGCUCAACAGAGCUGACGUAUCGUAGCAAAGCCAAGGUUUAG